AUGAACAAGUCACAGAGCAUACCAAUAUCAACAUCGACAUAUCUUCGCCAUGAGGAUAUACUACGGCAACAACAAGGCCACUGGGAAUACAGAGCCUUGAUGGUAAACGCCGACUUGACAGAUUAUAUGUUUUACAGUCGACUAAUCACCGGAAUUGCAAAGACAAUCGAGGCUUCCGAAAGUACCAAGCUACGGCAUCAGAACCAAGCACUGGUCGACCAUAUUCACUACAUACGUCAUACUCAAGUGUCCUCUCAAUCGUCGAGGAGAGACGAAGAAGAAACUGAUAACAAGGGCAGCAGGAAUCAUGACGAGGACGAAGCGCUAAUAUUUGAAAUCGAUGUAUAG